AAAAUUUUCAAACUAUGAUUUAUAAUUGGUUUUUUGACUAAAUUUAAAUUACUUUACUUCGAGAACGUAAUAAUUUCGGUAUUAUUUUAUUCUUAAAUUAUGCUUAAUUAAAUAAAAAAAAAAUGGAUAUUUCUCUAAAAUUUGAACAAUUACCUUUUAAAUCUGAACACUUGUUAACUAAUUCAAAAUAUACACAUGUCCAUGAUAAUGAUGAAUCAUAUUUUAUCUCGUGGAAUGACUGUGACACGUUAAUUUACCCUUUAAACAUAGAAACUAAUAUGUCAAUAUUUGAACUUUCAGAGUUUGUGGUAUUAUCAUUGUGCUGUUCUAUUGCUGCAGUUGUAACUUAUAAAACAAAGGCUUAUUGCAUAGAUCAAAAUGGAACUGUCUUUAGUCUAAAAAAAAUUCACAGUGAUUCACCAGAUUUAUUUGAUUAUUCUGUAAAUUUUCAAGCUUCUCAAGAUCUAUCACCAAUAUCUUUUAAAUGGGUUAAUAUUUUUGCACAAUCGUGUGAUUGUAAAGUUCUGUCUUCAUCUAGUUAUUCUGAUGGAAUUGCUUUAAUUAUGGAAUUUGAUGGCUGGAUAGUAUUACAAUUAUUAAAAAUAAACAUUGAUAAUGAAAAUGUAUCCACAAUUUGUAAUGCAACUAUAAAACAGAUUUUACCAUUAAUCAAAGCUAAUUUAUAUGAAAUCAAUUAUUUUGGAUCAUUUAUUUGGAAAGAUUAUUUUAGUAGAGAAAAUUUACAAGCAUUUUUAAAAUCAAAUAAAUUAAGUUUUAAAGAUAUUUUCUUCUUGGCCUUAAAUAAUUACAAGGUAUAUCUUUUUACUUCAGACACUAAAGAUAAAAAAAUUUUGGAUUUUUUCAAUUUUCCACAAAAAAUAAUUCAUAUACAGUUUAUUGGCUCAGAAUCAAAGAAACUUUUAUGCGUAUCGGAAAAUGGGAUUCUAAUAUUAAUAAAUUGCAAUAGAGAUUUGACUCCUUCAUAUAUAUAUCUUUCUAUUGAUCGAGUAGAAUGUCUUUUAUUUGUUUAUAACAAUAUUCUUUUAAGUGAUGGUUUUAAUCUUCUUCUAUUGACACUAAAUGAAGAAUUUUCAGGCUUUACAAGAAAAGUAAUAACUUCUUUAAAAGGAGUUUUAUCACUGAAUAAAUUAAAAAAUUGUGUAAUUGCCACUACUCGGCUUAAUCAAAUUUACAAAUUGUCACCAAUUAAUCAAAAAAUAACUGAAAACAAAGAACAAAAAUAUGAUUUAAAACUUGAUGAUAUAUUAACAGACAUAAAAAAAGUUUGUGAAAAUUGUGAAAUAUUAGAAUCUCAAAAUAACAAAAUAAAUUUGUACAUAAAUGCAAUUUCGUUAGUAGCUAGAAAAAAGUUAAUUGUAAAAGAAAUAUCGGUUAAUCUUUUGAUUUACUCAGGUCAUAAAGCUGUAAAAUUAGGUGGUUGUGAAAAUGAUUAUGUUUUUAUGAUUAAAAUAUCAACUAUUUCUAAAUGGUUAUUUAUUUCAUCAGCAGUUUGGAAAAUGUUUGUACGCGUUACAGAUAAUAAAAACUAUUCUUCUUACAAUAGAAUUUACAAAAUUGAAACUAAUUUUUUCAAUUGUAAUCAAGCGCUAGUUUUUAAACAUUUUUUACCUAGGGAAGUAGCUGAAAAUUGUGUAAAUGGCACAGUUAUUUGCGAAUUUGUUUGUGAAUUACCUAAGAUUCUUGGAUUUGAUUGUCACUGUUUAUUUAUAAAAUUAAAUCCAAUUCAAUUAAAUGCUUUAUAUUUUGUUAAAGUUGAAAGACCAUGUAGAAUACCAUUUAUCAAUCCUAUUUUAGAUCAUUUUAAAUAUACGUUUAAAUAUCCACAGCAAAUAUCUUUACCAGAUUGUUUAAAAAUAAUUAUGAAUAAAAAUAGGCAUAGAAUGACUAAAUCAUUUUAUAAUAAUAUAACUGAACAACUUAUUAAAUCAUUUAGUUUCAAUUUGUUUGAUAAAAUAGUUUCAAUUGUUUUGGAUGAUAAAACAAGUUCAACCAUUUUUUUGGAAAGUCAUGAUUAUUAUACUCUAGUAUCAGUUCGUAAUGGACUGCUAAUUGAAUUAUGUGAUCAGCAAUCAGUUAUUAUUAACUAUACAGUUUUAGCCAACAUUCAGAAAAAUAUUUGUCUACUGGAAGAAUUGCCAUUAAAAGAUCAAAAUAAUUCCAGUGUUAUCAACAAUAUUAUAUCCAAUGUUCAAAAGCAAAUAAGUUCCAAUUUACCCAUAUAAUUAAUUUAUUUAAUUGUAUAAUAAUAAUUUAAUUUGUGUAUGAUAUAUAACAAUUGUACUGAACUUUUUGUAUUUAUUGUAUAAAGUAAUAUUACGAUCUGUUAAAAAUAAUAAGAAUGAUUAUAAACAUACAAAUGACAUAAAGAACUCGAAAAUAAUCCAGUAACAGAACUUCAGAAUUUUACUCUGCAACUAAAGAUCUAAAGUAGGUCUCUAGACUCGUUUCUUUAUAAUCUAUGAGAAAUAUUUUGAGGAAAUGAGUGGAAAGACAUGAAGUUAAUGUGAGAAAUUUAAAAAAGGAACAGUUUUUUGUGAAAUUAUUGUAGUGAUCUUUGACAAUUAGUGUUGGAUACACAUCGGUCGAAUAUGCUGUCAAGAAAUUGUUUUGUGAUUAUUCAUGUUAUCGUUGUGUUACAUUGAGUUGUUGUCGGUUUUCUCUCUAUGUCAGUAUUGUCGUCGCCUUCUUAACGCUUCUUCUGCUAUAAGCUCUAUGGCAUUAUGCGAGCCAGUAGUUUUGUUUUUUUUUUUACUGUAAAAGAAAAUAUCACCUUUGCGAUUGUCGUACCCUGUGCGCUCAGUUUAUCGCCGUUGGGUCUAUAUAUUUUCUGAGAUACAUCACAAUACCGUUGACAGCAUACUAUAUACAUUGGUCAGCUACUUGCAUUCGACUUCAAUUGAUCCUUUUAAUAUUCAACAUUAUCAUCAACCGUUUCAUUUAGCAGAUAAGUAUAAUGCUUGUUCAUUUAUCUUUCUAAGACUCAAUUGUAUAAUUUAUUAUUUGUUUAUAUUAUAGCCUUAGUGGCAUUAGUAUUAAGUGUACCCCCAUUCACAUUGGUGUUUUUUAAGAUUUUAUAUUUCUCGUAUAAUACAUUUAAUUGUUAUAAUUA